CAGUUCAUGGACCGGUUGUAUCUUGUUUUAGGUUAAGGACGAAAAUCGUAUUCGGUGUAAAGUUAACGGACCUUAUAUGAACUUAUUCCAAACUGCAUUUGGCUCGGCCUGUAAAACACAGCCCAAUCCCGUUCAUAAAAGAAGGGCCCAUUACGUAGGGAGUUGGGCUGGGCCGAAGGCCAUUCCAAAUCACUCGUCUAAAGAGGACGUCGAAGACGAAGGCGGCGGCUGCCUCGCCUAGCACGCUCCGGCAACGAGGGUAAAAUCUUAAAUUCGUAAUUUUCUGUUCGUCACAUCAUCGGUACCCAAAUUUUUCGUUCAUCCAACCCCCCACCCAAAAUCUCAGUCGGAAUUCUAUCAUCCCCCAACCAAAAAAAAUCCUAAUCGGAAUUCAAUCACACAAAUAGAAGCAUAUACACAUGAGUCCGCGUCAAAUAACACAAAAAGUUUUAAUCCGUGUUAGAUCCCAAAUACAAGAAUAGAAGAACAGCAAACGGAGAUAAAAAAACCAAAUCAAUGAAAAAUCGAGUGGAGUUUGCUGCUGCCGCCGCCUCCUCCUAUGGCCACAUCCCGCGAGUGGCCGCUGGCAGUGGCUUGCCGAGCUGCGCCGCCGGCGCCCGCUACCGCCGUCAUUUCAACCGAGGGGGGAGGCAACAGGGGACGGAGGGAGCCGCCGCUGACGCCACCCGCGGCUGCUGGGGGCGGAGGGAGCCACUGCUGCCACCACCCGCAGCUGUCGCGAGGCCACCGCCACCGCCAGAUCUGCCUGCCGCGGGAGGGAUGAGGGUGGAGGAAGGGGAGGGAAUAGCUGUGGGGAAACGGCGCUGGCGGUGGGUCCCCUUCCCGUCGCCGCGCCUUGCCAGGAGACGGGAGGAAGAGGGGGAGAUGGGAGAGGAGGGGGCCAGGGAGGCGAGACGGAGGGAGCGGGCGCCUUGUCGCUGUCGCUGGGGAGGAGAAACUGGGAGACAGAGAGAGCGACGAGAGAGAAGCGAAGGCGGAGGAUUCUAGAGAUGGAGAAAUUGGACAUUAUGCCACUGCCAAUAGUGGGUUUCGCCACAAUGCCAUUCCCCGGAAUAGCGUCGUUAAAAUGCCACUCACAAGAGAUGCCAAACAUUUGUUUUGCCAUUUAGGCCAAUUCUCUCCAUUUCCACCUAUUUUUCCACCCAGGCUGACUAAAAUACCCCUCCGGUCGUCACAACCGAGUCGUUCGUGCCGCCGGCGCGCCGCCGACGCCCAAGCUCACCGCCAGCGACGUCCCGCCCCCAUGGUCGAAGCCCGCUGCCAGCACAUCGGAGAAAGAGAAGGAAACCCUAAGCCGGCCACCGCGUCAUGAGCCACAAUCUCCUGCAUCGUCUCGCCCGCCGGUCACCACGCUGCUCCUCUCCCGUUGACCACCGUGCGCCGCUCGCCACCAUCUCCUCCGCCGUCGUCUCCGCCGCGCGUCGCAGGCUGCCCGCCACCAUGGCCCAAGAAGGCUAGCUCCAGGAGGAGCUCAUGGCAGGACGAGACCUGCGUCGCCGUCUCGGGCUUGGUUGGCACGGUGACUGCGGCGGGGAUGGAGACCGACGAGCCGGCGACCAAGGCGGCGGGAGGUGAGCCGAAGCCCUCGCUGGCGACCAAGGCGGCGGGAGGUGAGCCGGAACCCUCGCGCUCGCCCUCGCUAGCUCUCCGGAUUGUGUGUGGUUUGAGCUAAAAGAUUGCGUUCUUGAAUUUGUAGAGCAAGAUAAGGACGACGAGGAGGAGAGCUCCGGCGGUGGCGGCGCCGAGCCUGAGGUUAGUGCCACCCCUGCCGUCGUGGUCUUCUCCUCAUCCCACAUGUUUACCGGAGAAGAGAAAGAAACCAGAGAGGGGUAUUUUGGUCGGUUGAAGUGCAAAAAAGGUGAAAAUCUUAUGAAAUGGCGAAUAUGGCAAAGCAACGGUUUGGCAUCGGUUGAAAGUGGUAUUUUACGAUGCCAUUCCGCAGAAUGGCAUUGUGGCGAAACCCACUCUUAGGAGUGGCAGAAUGUCUAAUUUCUCCUAGAGAAGAGAUAAGGUUCGAGAGGAGGUGGGGUGAUAUUUUUCUUUGCUGUUCAGGUGAAUAUCUAUAUAAUGCAGUGCAUGUCAAAACGUCCAUGAUUCUCAAUUGGUUAGCCUAGAAAACCUGUGCCGACAGGUCAUGGGUCCGAUUCCUUGAUCACUUUGGUUAGCUUUCUUUUUUCUGGUUAUCAUCUACUGUUCUUUUCCCUUUUCCUUUUCUCUCCAAUCUAAUUCAUAGAAAAAAAACUAAAAAUAAAAAUUAGCCACCAAGAGAAAGUUAGUCUUUUUUUUAAUUGCUAUAAAACCUUAGUUAAUGUUAAAUCUGGUAAACAAGAAAUAUAUUGUUUUCAACAUGUUAAAAUAUUUAUUGUGAUUUUAGUUAAAAUUAUUCCGUUGCAAUAAUAAUUUAUUAUGAGCUAUUAUAUUUCUCUCUAUUAUUUGAGACCUUUUCUAGUGAGCGAAAGUACCAAAACAGUGUGAAAAUAACUUUAGAUGAAAAUAAAUAUUUUUAGUUUUAAUACACCGUAGCGAAGCACGGGUAUUUUGCUAGUAAAUAAAUAGAUGCAGACUGCCAGAAAAAACUUGGUACCAAUAGACAAAUCCAACAGUACUUAUUUAGGCUAAAUUAAUAUUCUGUACCUCAUGACUAUGAUUUAAUAGUCAAUGAUUAUUAUUGAUUCCAAAAGGAACGAUCUAAUGUGACUCCUUAACGAGCUGUUUUUUUAUAUAUAUUUCUCUAAUUCGAAACAAGAGCCUGGCUCUUCUUUAUUCAUUGCUACAACAUUUUUUUUGAACGAAUCAUUACAACAAAUUGAAGAGAGUGGAAUCAGGCCAACAUUAGUUUGACAACCCAGAGAGGAAUCAUUGGCCAAUUACUGCUGUCACUCUUCGUAUUACUGAUCCUUGUGUUAAUAAUAGUCAUAAUAUAGUGUUGUGAUUGUCAUGUCACAUGGACUCACGUGCAGGUUACACUACAUCAUAUCAGACAGCCAGCUGCAAACUCGGGGAAGCUAUGUAAUGCAAUGUACUAACCAUAUGCAUUAGUUCGAAAACAAGUCUGACUAUGUUAUUAGUCGGUUAGCCACAUGCUAUGUGGUCAAGUCAUUUUCAGUAAUGACACUUGCAGGAAAAAAAAAUGAUGAUUCGCAAGAAAUUUCGGGUGAAAUUUCUGCUUAAUUAAGUUUUGCACUGUACUGAGCUCGCUAGAAGACAGAUGCUUUGCAUAGUUUGCUGAUAGAUAGAUUGCUACCAAGACAGUAGUAGAGCUCCAUUCUUCUUCCCACUGCUCCUUAACUUUGUCCCCUUUGUGAAGGAGAUCGAAAAGCUUGCAUUCCAUGGCAAAUCCAUGGAGGAUUGCAGCCAUGGGCUCUGUCAUAACCGUGCUAGGUUGGUUGCUGUCGCCUAUCAUCAGCUUGCUCGUGAACAGGUUCAUCUCCUACCUCUUCGACGCUUCGCCAAAGAUCCAAGAGCUGGAGAUUCAGACUGUCCCGAAGCUGGAGCAGAUGCUGCGAAAGAUAGAGGAAGAGAGGAUGCACAGGAAAGCGAAGAAGGAGAGAUCAGCCGUGCAAAAUCUCGACACGCUGGCGAAGCUGGUCAAGUCUGCCUUGUACGAAGCAGAAGACGUCCUCGAUCUCAUUGCUUAUCACCAGAUCGAGAAGGAUGUCAUCGGCGAUGACGAGCCACAGGGAAGCAGCAGCAAAUGGCAUCCGCACAUCGACGAUGCCAUCCACGCUUGCAAGACGAGCUGGAUUGGGAGAUGCAUAACCACUCUACUGGAGUGGGCACAGGGUUUGUAUCGAUCGCUACGCAGCAGAUCAGCUGCGCUGCUACCGAUUUCUUGUAGCAGAUGCUGCGGGUCAGCUUCUGACUCCUUGCUGGAGCGGCUUAGUUGCUUGUCCAGGCAAUUUGAUUUCAUCAGAUGCUGCCAAUCCCUGUUCAUCUGGUCAGUCAACUGGUUUGAGGUUGCUCGCUCUUAUCGAGAUUGGUUUUAUGAUGCAACUGGCAUCACAGCCACAGGUUACCAGCUGGAGGAUGGUACAGCAGUAUAUUCUUUCAUGCCUGCUAUUGCUAGAUGGAAAUUGAGGAAAAGAAUAGAGAAACUAGAAAACACUGUCACAAACGUGGAGAACUCUCCCUAUUUAACACAGACAAGCAGUGGUGCCUGGAAUGAUAUUGUCAACAUGAACAGGAGAAGCAUUACAUCGAGUAGUACACGCAAGGUAUUCGGUAGAGACCGGGAGCGUGAUAUGAUAAGAAGUAUGCUUCGUGAGGAUGAUUCUUUACCAAGCUCCAGUAGCAGGAAAUGUUAUUCUGUAAUUUGCAUAUAUGGCAUUCCAGGGUCUGGAAAGACUACACUGGCACAGUAUGUUUGUGAGUAUGAAAAGGAGGAUAAAGAUAGAUACUUUGACACAGUCAUGCUAAUUUAUGUUUCUAAGACUUACAGACUGGAAGAUAUAUUUCGUGAUAUGCUCGAGGAGAUCACGCAAAGCCGGCAUUCUGAAAUUAGUGACUGCAGAGGUUUGGAAGCAAAAUUGGUGGAGAAUUUGAGAGGCAAACGGUUCUUGUUGGUACUGGAUGAUCUGUGGGUCAAUGAUGAGAAUCAUGAGAAGCUGCUUUCUCCACUCAAUGUUGGGAAGUCAGGAAGCAGAAUCCUGGUGACAGCCCAGAGUAAAGAGGCAGCUCUAGGCUCUAAUAGGCUUAUUCCAAUAUCUGAUCUGGAAGAGGAGCAAUACUUCUCAAUGUUCAUGCAUUAUGCACUUGACAGUACAAUUUUCGAUGAUCGAGAAUACAUACCGAUUGGGAGGAAAAUCGCUAAGAAGCUGAACAGAUCACCUAUUGCAGCAGUGACAGUGGCAGGUCAGCUCUGGAGAAACCCAGAUAUCAGAUUUUGGCAAACAACCGCGAACCUCGAUGUGCUGAAUAAGACCAAGGGAGCUCUUUGGUGGAGCUAUAAUCAACUUGUUGUGGAUGUCAGGAGAUGCUUCCAGUACUGUAGCAUCUUCCCCAGAAGGUAUGAGCUUGAACGUGACAAUCUUGUUCGUAUGUGGAUAGCGCAAGAAUUUGUGAAGGACAAUGAUGGAAACAAUGAGGACGUAGAAGAUGUUGGUCAGUCCCUCUGACAUUAGCACCGGUGAGUACUUCACAGUUCAUGACAUGUUCCAUGAAUUAGCGAAGACGAUCGCGGGAAGCGACUGCGUCAAGAUCGAGAAAAGCAUCACGGAACAUCUUCCUAAAUGUUAGGAAUUUCCCCAGCGAUCACUAGCAGGAAACCAGACGAACACAACACACGCGUACUGUGGCUAAACCUGCAAAUUCGCAGAACAGAGGAAACAGAGCAAAUUUUGUGCAGCGCUUAACUCAGCUGCUUUUCUGUUUACUUCCAUAUAUAAAGGAACGAAUACAACGGAAACAACUAACCACCAAGACCACUUCUCACGCCAUGCUCUAG